AUCUACAAUUUGUCCAGCGUUGUAUAUAAAGCACUCGGGCUUUGAAACCUGCCCCAACCGCUCCUAUACAUAUAACACCCACUUCCCAAUUGAUCUACAGCGGCCGGGACCGCAAACAAACCUCAAGGCCAUGGAUUCUGCAUCAACGGCAUUGCACCAAGAUCGCCAAUGCAUCAAACAGAUGGUAAAAGCUUGGCCGCCAACAGUAAAACAGCAAAGGCUUAUAGCCGGCAGUGGGAAAAGGCGGGCUUAUGUCAAUCACCUCCGCUCCCAGUUUGUUGCUGAUCGCCGAGAUGCGAGCUGCUUGCCAAGUCGAUUUUUGCAUCGCGGCAGGACAGGUUGGUGAGAAACUGCCCGUACAAAUAAGCUCUUGGCUAUUGGACAAUCUAUUUGUGCCCUGGUGUCUCCUGAUUCGAUCUACUGUGGAUGUCCCACAUGAGUGCCUAGGUGCCUGGCCAAACUCACUGCACCUUUCGUUAUCGAGUCCCGUUAACGAUGGAGUACAAGAGUGAUGGGAUGUGAACAGUGAGAUAACUACCUAGGUACACUGGGCAGCUGGGCAACUCACCAGCGGAAGGGAGCUGCGUCAGAAGAAUGGAACCCUGGCAGCCCGCCGCGGCGAGUUUCCCUUCCUUUGGCUGCCAGCACAAUGUUAUGGAUCACCACAUAACUUACACAGUAGUGUACUCACAGGAAGUCCAACAAGUUUGACGGCGAGACAGUCACGACAGUCAAUUUGAAAUUCGCCCAUCGCAUCGCAUCGCAUCGCAUCG